UCCCAUUCAUCUUCCAAUUACAACUUGGCUUUCAUCGCUUCCUCUGCUCGUCAAACAAUAACGACCUCCUAAACAUAUACCCAACACCCCUUCUUCCUCCUUCCAUAUUUUUUCAUCUUUCCUUUUGUUCCGCCCGCGGGAGCUUCCGCUUCUGCUCCCUCGAAUGUGACUGAGAUUCCUUCCCCUUUUCCUUUCAUUCUUUCGACUCUCAUUUUUUUUUUUCUUCUUUUCUACAGGGGAGGGGAUUCAUCUCUUCUUGUUCUUCCCUUUUCGUCUCUCAUUCACCACAACUACCACUGCCCAAGGAGAUUAAACAUUGAUCAAAUUCUAAAAAUGAAAGUGGAAAUGGAAAUGGAAUUUGGGAAUGCUCGAAAAGGAAUAAAGCAUAUGGAAGAAAUGGAAGGAUACGGGGGGCUGAAAAUCAUUGGCGAGGAGGAAGAUCUAUGCGAAGAAAACUCGCCAAGGGGUGUGUUUGAGAUUCCAGUUCUGGGGACGGAUUCGGACCAAAGCGAGAGCAGCAGCGGGGGCGACGGAGGGAGCCUGACGGUGGCUGUAAACUCGAUGUUGCCGCCGCCGGAGAACUCGCUGUUGCCAUCGGCUCUUCUCCAAGAGAGCGGUGGAAUUCCAUGGAAGGCGAUGAUCGGGUUGAUAAAAAAGAAAUCGGUUUGGAGAUUGUCGACGAUUCCAUUACUGGCUAUGAGCUACGAUAUUUCGAAGAAGAAUUUCAGCAAAAGAUUUGCUCGUAUUCGCAGCACUGAUGAGGGAAUCAGUAUCGAGGAUGUUCCCUUCUGCAAACCUUCUUGGAGAAUUUAUGGCUUCUCGGAGCUGUCCACUGCUACCAACAAUUUCAGCCCAGAAAACCUGCUUGGAAAAGGAGGGCAAGCAGAGGUUUACAGAGGUUGUUUAUCCGAUGGCCAAUUUGUGGCGGUUAAGAGACUUAUGAAAAGGGAGAAGGACAACGAGGAAAAAACUUCUGAUUUCUUAACGGAGCUUGGAAUUAUCGCUCAUAUUAGCCACCCCAACGCUGCACGGUUGCUUGGUUUUGGAAUUGAUGGUGGUCUCUACCUUGUCCUCGAAUACAUCCCUUUUGGCAGCUUUGCCUCUGCCCUUUUCGGUGCGGAAUCUCUGGAUUGGAAGAUAAGAUUUAAGGUGGCUAUUGGCGUAGCAGACGGGCUGAACUAUCUCCAUCGUGAAUGUCCAAGGCGCAUCAUUCACAGAGAUAUCAAAGCCUCUAACAUUUUGCUCGGUGAAAACUAUGAGCCACUGAUCUCUGAUUUUGGAUUAGCGAAGUGGCUGCCUGAAAAUUGGGCUCACCAUGUCGUCUACCCCAUCGAGGGUACGUUUGGGUAAGUUAUA